AUGAAGAGCUAUCACAGUUCCCUGUUGCUGGUGGCUAUAUUAUUUAGUCUCCACGUGCACCUCGGUGACCAACGGUCAACUCAAGCUCAUCCACCAGAACAUCAAGAAUUCGGCGGAUCUCUCUAUGCUACCUGCAAAAUGCGACCCAACUCCCAGCUGACACCUGGCAUGCCUCGAAUAUACGGGCAGGUGCUUUUCAAACAAGAGGGUGCAAGCAAAAAGCUCAGGGUGUCUUUCAGACUUCAUGGUUUCCAGGACUCCGAUGUCCAGCCCCGUGCUAUCCACAUCCACCAGUAUGGUGACCUGAGUGAGGGCUGCACCUCUACUGGUGGUCAUUACAAUCCAUUUGGCGUGAACCACCCAAACCAUCCCGGGGACUUCGGGAAUUUUAUCCCUCGAAACGGAAAAAUCCGUCAGUCCUUGGAUUCUAGUGCCACGCUCUACGGAGGCUUGUCGGUGCUCGGGAGGUCUGUGGUUGUUCACGAGAAGGAGGACGAUCUGGGCCUGGGUGGCGAUGCUGGGAGUCUCCUGCACGGGAAUGCUGGAGGCAGACUGGCGUGUUGUGUCAUUGGUAUCAGCACGCCCAAGUUAUGGAAGAAAUACCAGCAAUAA